GAGAACAUUCUGUUAUUCAGAGUAUUCUGCAUUGCUCAGGUUGCUGUGUUCAUAGAAAGGACAUUAAUUUUGAAUUAUAUUCUCCUGACUUGUCCCUGCUGUGACAGUCACGAGCCCUGUUGAGGGGUUCUUAAGCGGAAGAUUUCUCCUUGCUUCAGCUUUUUGUUCGACUACUCAAAGUAGACAUCAUGACGAUGGCGCACGUUGGUGACAAGCCUAAGGGCAUCCUAAAGAACUCCAGCAUCAACCCAACCCAACCCCCCACAACCACAACCACCGAAAUAACAAUCUCACCCCCCGCCCCGCCCGCCGACCAACACCACUCCAACCCCAACGACACCGACACCAAAGAACUCACCCUCCAAAACACCCUCCAAAACGCUGGCCGUCGCCGCUCCUCCUCGGCAACAACGCACCGCCUCCCCUCCUCCCGCCGCCCCUCCCUCGCCAACUUCCACGAAGAUGACGAGAACAACCAACGCCUCCGCUGGGACGAAGCAAACCUCUACUUAGCCGAGCAGGAAAAAACCGCAAAAAUGAAGAUCGACGAGCCGAAGACGCCGUUUGCGCCGCAGUAUGAUCCUGCUGAGGACGAGGAGGAGAUGCAAAUGGCGGAGGCGGAGGAGAGUCUUAUUGAUGCGCAGGAUGUUCGGGUUGAUGAGUUGGAGAGGGGAAAGAAGGUUGUGCAGAAGAGGCCUGUGGCCGAGGAGGAGAUUCCGGAGUUGGAGUUGGGGGAGGCGGAGGAAUCACAUCCUGCUGGUGAUGAGGAGGAGAGGAUUGUGAGGGAGAGGAGGGCUAGUCAUGAUGGGGAGAAACAUGUUGUUGUUGGUGGGGAGGGGGCUGAUGGGGGUGAUGGUGUGGGGGAUGAGUUGUUGUCGCCUGAGGAGGCGGAGGAGAAGCAUCGGAAGUUUGAGGAGAGGAGGAAGAGGCAUUAUGAGAUGCGGAAUGUUAAGGAGAUUCUUGCACACCCUGAAGAAUUGGAUGAGAUGGAUGAAGACGAAGAUGAGGACGAACAGCCGAUUCCCCCGCCAGUUCCUAAGAUCCCGGAGAGGUUUCAUAAGUAGAGAUUGGUGUUGAUAUUUGGUUUUCUCCUUUUUUUUUUUUUUUUUUUUUUAUUUUUUUUAUUUUUUUUCUUU